AAUGAAGGCAUUGUAAAGCUGUAUAAUGAAGGCUGUUGCAAGAUCUGCAAACGAGAAGAAAGAAUGUGCCAGAAAGUGAUCAUUAAAUCAAUGAUAAAGAAACAGGACUGUGUAAGCCAGACCUCUAUCAGCGUUGCAUCUUGCGAUGGGAAAUGCCCAUCAGCUACCAUAUACAAUAUCAAUGUUGAAAGCCACCUGAGGUUCUGCAAGUGCUGUCGCGAAAAUGGAGUACGAAACCUAACUGUGCCUCUGCAUUGCUCAGGAAAUGGCACAGAAGUUAUGUACACACUCCAGGAACCUAUAGACUGCACAUGCCAGUGGAAUUAAGCCCAUGCAUUUGAAGAACUCUAUACAACAGUGUCAUGUCAGGCAGCAUCAGCUCAUUGCUAUUAUUUAGGAGCAUGACAGCCUUAUACUGUCUAAGAAUAAUGUGUCUUAACACUAUUGGAAUUUGAUAACCUAAUAGUCAGUACAAACUGUGUAUAGUUUCAGUGGAAAGUUUUGAUUUGUAGUUUUAUUUCUGAGGAUAAAAUCAUUUUAAGUUGUUAGCUGAAAUGCUGUUAUAUUUAUAAUUGCAGUGUGGGGUAAAUUUAAAUAUUUCUAUAAAGUAGAAGGCUGUGUUGCAGAAUUCCUUCCAUUUCAGUUCCUGGUUUUCUUUUUUUGUUUCCAUUUGCAGUUUGCCAUGGCUAGUUAAAUUGAGGUAAACUUUAAUUUCUAUUGCAUACUCUGGCCAAUGAGAUUUGUUAUAAUCAGCUGAUAGAUAACUAUAGAGUUGUGUGCUUAGAAACAGAACAUAGAACCAUAGGUUGUUAACAUUAGUUAAUACAACUGUUAGGAAUGUCACCACAAACUCCUCUCAGUUUUCAGAUGUGACAUUAGCAUAAUACAUUUGUGACUUCUACAAACAUAUAUAGAAACAAUGUGAUGAACUUAUGUUAAAAACUAGACUAUUUUCUAGGUCUUUUUGAUUCUGAAUUCAUGCUCUUUUAUUGUAAAUGAUACAGCAAGAUGACAAGAAAAGUCACAUAAUAUUCUGUUAUUAAAUAGUACUGGAUUGGAUUAAAAAGCUUAAGUCCAAUAUUCAUUUAGAAUAUCACACAUGCAAUAAUAGUUAUUCAGUAAUAAGGAACAGGAGAACAUAGUAUCAGUCACUACAUAGAAGAAGACCUGGAGCUAUAUUUUUAUACCAUUGAAUUUAUUAAUUAUAUUGUUACUAUUUUACAUUUACUUCCUUUAUUUAUCACUGGGGACUGUUUCUAAAUUUAUCUGUACACUAUGAAACCUGAGAGCUAUUUUUGCCAAGAAGGCUGCUGCUUUCUCAGUGUAGAGUGAUAUAAAAUUAUCACUUUCUUUUAAAUUCCAUUCUGUUAUUAAAUAUUAACUAAUCUUUAAACCUAUUUGUUAGGAGAAGAUAAACAUUCUUCUGGUAUUUUAUUUGGGAGCCCAUCCCACAUGGAGGGAUACCCCUUGAGCCUAGACACAAGGGGGUUGGCUUAGGCCCUAUCCCAAAGAAUAAGACAUAUUUUGAAGACCCCUAUGGAAGGCCUCACUCUUCCUU